CGCAUGAAAUAUUUGACACAUAUGCGACGCUGUAGGAACAGUUGGCCGUUACCCGAUAUUGGCUGAGCUAACAUGUGCUUUAGACAGAGGUGUGCAGUGCAUAACGGAUCAAUUAGACCCGUCGUUAAGAUGAAGCGGGCCGGGAUUGUCCUGUCACAGCCUGACAAGGGCUGGUCAUGGGUGGUUUUGUUCGGGGCGUUUUGGAUAAUGUUCGUGGAGGGGGCCAUUAUGGGAGCUUUAGGGAUUAUCCACCUGGCUCUGCUAGACAGAUAUGACGAGUCCAACAUGAAAACGGCAAUGGCAGGUUCUCUAUUCGGUUGUAUGACCACGUCUGGAGGUAUCCUAUGCAGUGCCUUGGCCAACAGGUUUAGUUGUCGCUGUGUCUCUAUAGCCGGCUCCGUGAUGUUUACUUCCGGACUCCUGAUCUGUGCCUUACCAGUAUCACUAGAUGUGGUGAUGUUCUCCUAUGGGAUACUGGCAGGCAUUGGCUCCAGUUUAUCAAAUACGACUGCUUUCAUCGUCGUUGGAUACAACUUCAGGCAAAGGAUGAAUAUAGCCAAUGGUAUUUCUACGUCUGGUAUAGCAUUGGGCUCCCUUGUGAUGCCCCCAAUCGUAGAAAUUCUACGAGAGUAUUACGGAAACAGGAUGAUCUUUGUGAUUCUUGGAUGUUUCUCUCUUCAACAAGUUGUAAUGGGAGUACUGUAUUUCCCUGCAUUUCUGGAAUAUUCUAGAAAACAAGCGUCACGCUUCGAGAAACGACAAAAGUCAUCUGCAGUAAUAUCUGUGUGCAAUGAGUGGAUCAGGAUUAUAAAGAAUGCUUCCUUUUUAUGUUUCACUGGCUAUUUAUGUUUGUUACAGCUUGGUGCCUUCGUCAUUUAUUUACACUUGCCCAAAUUUGUGAUAACAAUGGGAUUCACUUCUUUGCAAGCUUCGUAUUUACUGACAAUAAAAGGAGUAUGUGCAUUUUUCGCGCGAAUCUUACUAGCAGCGUUAGUGAACUCGAACAGCUAUAACACCGAGCUGACGACGAUGAUGUUCGGAACCUCUUCCUUCCUGGCGUUAGCCUGCAUUCUUCUUCCAUUUUACGGGGAAUACUUUGGCGGACUGGUGAUUUUUUGUGUACUUGGAGGGUUUUAUAGUGAUUCUAUUUUUGGAAUUCUGAACGCUUUAAAUGCUUAUAUUGUUGGUCCUGAUCAUUUUGCUGCAGCAACAGGGAUUGAAUUUGCAGUGAUGGGACUUGGUACGUUGGUUGGACCAACACUUGUUGGACAGGUGAUUGACAUCGGGGGGACAUAUACCUUCUGCUUCAGUAUCACAGGUGUCAUUAUUUUACUAGCUGGAUUGCUAUGCCUUGUUUCGGGCGCACUUAAAUCGGCACAUCCGGAUGAUUUCAGGAAAAGUGAAGUCAUAGAGGAUGCUCAAGUAUUAGAUGUGUUUAUUGAACACAGGAAUCCGCAAGAAGAUAGAGACGUGCAAUUGUCAGCACAUUGACAGAAAGUGCCUAAACAGAACAAAAAUAGUUUUAAAUAAAUACGUUGAUGCUCAAGAUUGUUGACACGUCAGAAGGAUUCCCGAAUGUGUUGAUCACCUGGAUACCUGGACUUAACCUGAUUGUUAUAUCGAUACUGAUUAUUAAUGACGACCAUGACCUUAGCAGCUUUUUAAAACCAUAUUGCACAUCCACACAUUACAGCGAAUAUGUAACACCAUAUAAUGUUUCUGAAAGUUUGACCUUCUGGAUUGUGAGACGGUUCGGUGUUUUUUUUUAAUUUAACGUCCUAUCAACAGCUAUUAUCCCCGGAAAUGAAAGUGCUGACGGACAGAUGGAUGGACGGACGAACGGACAAAAACCUUGUUUGCUAUAUGACACCCGCGAUGCGAGGACCUAAAAUGUAUCUAUUAAAAUUCUUAAUGCACUUUUGCUACUCUAGUAGGGACAGAAGUUGUCCAUUUCUUUCUUCAGACUAAAACUAAAACGAAACUUCUGGCGAUGGACGGAUACAAUUUUGAACUACAGUAACCAUCAAGUGAGCGCAAGAACAUUGAUAGAACAUUACAAAGUACAAACAUAGAAAUGAAUGUGAACAACCAAAAUACAGCUUGGUAAACGUUGCAAAAUUACUACAGACCAUAGUUAAACUCAAAACACUUACCCAAACUGCCCAUGCUACAGAUAAACAUGAACUUGCCAAGCUAUAGAUAAACAUUCACACUCUCUCACGUUCUCUGGAAGCAUUGUCAACGUAAUCAGCAUAAUCGAUAAUAUCACAUUUUCGAGCAUAAUCUAACAUAACUGAGUAAAAUAUCUUACAACAAUUGUUACAAAUGUCUAUAUUUGGCAUCUUUCAUAGGAAGAAUUAUAUUGAGUAUACAUACAGAUGGUGCUUUUGGAAUAUUAUAUAAAGCUCACGAUUCAAUACGACAAUACAUAUUGUGACAUAGCAAUUGUUUGUUUUGGUAAUCUUCCACUUAACGAUGUUAUCUAUGCUAUAUCAUCAUUUUGCGUCCUUAGACAAUGUGAUUCAAAAUUAUAAGUAUCUGGCCGUAAUAAAACUUCCAACAAAUCAAGCAAUUUAUAACAUUAACCUGCAGCUUUAUAUCUAUCCUAAUCAGGCUUAUCAUAGCUUCAUAUACGUGCUGAAUAAUAUAUCGACGUGGCCGUAUGGUCCCUUAAUAUUACAAGGUAAAAACCAGGGCGUACAACACACACCGCUCUGAAUCUAUUCAUAUUCUAUUCAUAUAAAUUGUUGAGCAAUCUGACAAGUAAUCGACAGUAAUAUCAGCAGAGAUUUCACUCUAAAGUAAUAGUGUAAAACAAAGUAUUUGGAAAACAACAAUGUUGUGCAAUACAUUUGUACUUUGAGCAUGACUAGAAGGUAAUAAUAAAAUUUAAACAGUCAAUAUUUA